AAAAAUCGUUGAAAUGUGCCAGUUUUAUGUACGUCCUCAUAAGGCCAUCACCAUGAAGUUUCUAGUGGUAUUGCUGUCCGUAAUUACGCUUAAAUGUCUAGUAAAUAGCCAAACACUGAUAGCCACUCUUCCGAACCUGGUUGGUGAAAUCAGCAGUAUUGAAGUCCCUGCGUUUGCGGACGUUCACGAGUCAAGUGACAGUUCGUUGCCUUACGCCGAUCGAUUUACACUUUAUUUGUCGACUUUCAAACCAUUUCAACUCAAGCCGGAUCCCGUUUAUUAUUUGCGCUCUCCCGGAAAAUAUUUGUACGAUACAACCAAUUGGCCCCUUGAAGUUCUGGCCAGUACCGCCCUCUGGCCCAAUAAUCCUGAUCUUUUGCCAAAAACUGUUGUUCCUGGCUACGAGGGAAUGAUCCAAACAUCAGGAUUUCUGGUUCCUGGAAAAACAAAAGGCCAACUUCAGAUGUACAACAUGAAUGCUGCAGUUCCGGCUGAAACUGAAAUCAACAUUGCCAGUGGUGACAUUAAAGACUAUUCCUAUCACCGUGUCGUCUGGAAGGAUAUGGAUGGUGAUGGAGAUCUAGACGCUGUAACUGCUCGUUUUCAUAAUACUGUAGAAGAACAAAACUUUGUUUGGAUGGAAAAUCCUGGACAGGCCAUAUCAGGCUGGAAUCAGCAUGUUAUUUACAACCAAGGACCUGACGUGAGCUUCCGUAGUAUACAGUUAAACUCAUCUGGUCUUCCUUAUGACUGCUUUUUAGCCGGUGAACUAUGGAAUAAACGCGCCACAAUUUACUGCAUCCCGCUUGGAGCCAACAACGGGUGGAAUGAUCCCCAAAACAUUCAAAUGAGAGUAAUUGACGAUACCGUGGGCCAAACAUUCGAUCUGCUUUUGGAAGAUUUUGACAAUGAUGGACGUAUUGAUUUUCUGCUCACGUCAUUUGACGACAGAAUUGGAGUUAAAUCUGGCAGUGUUUAUAUUUACGAAAUUCCCGAUGAUCUUUUUAACGGCAUCUGGGUUCGUCAUAUCAUCGCUGAUAGCUUCGUUCCUGGCGGAACUAACACAAUGUCUCCUGGAACUCCCCAGUCUUUCUAUCCUAGUGCUGCGUAUGCAAAUGAAGUUCUUUCCGAUGGCAGAAAGCACCGCAAGUGGAUCCUAGUUAGUGGGGAUGACGACGGUAAAAUCUACAUUCUGCGGCCAACAACAGAGGCGGCCAAUGAUUUUACUCCUUAUGAAAAAUCGAUCCUAAUUGAUACAAAUGCCCAGACAGCAGGAAAACCAGCGGUAGGGGAUUUUGACGGCGAUGGUUACACAGACUUCGUAGCCCCUGGCUACUCUGCUAAUAAACUCUACAUAUUUACAUAUGCCUCAAUUGUUUGAUAAUCGGCAAUAUUGGUACGUAUAUUAUUCAGCAGGCGGACUUUUAACUGGAAAAUGAGUUCAUGACACCGGGAUGUGUUUAACUGUUUAUUGCUUAUUUUCAGCCUUCCAAACAAAAUACAAUUGCGCAAUCACUGAAAAUUUAAUACAAAAUUCUUACAAAUUU